AUGAAGCUCUCAAGCGUAUUUUACUACGCCGUCUCUCUCGGCCUCUUGGACGUAGGCUCUGCGGUAUCUGUUCCAACGAGCCAGGGUAUAUCGGCCAGGCAGGAGCCUGAUCUCUUCCCCCAAAGAUGCUAUCCCAACCCCUGCAAGAAUGUACCAUUCGAUCCCCAAUACAAAGACUAUGUGUGCGGAGACAAACGACUUGGGCCUCUUGAACUACCAAAACGAUUCCCGAUAUCGGCUGAACUCGCGACAUACUCCAGGUUUGGCGACCAUUGUGCGGAUGAGUACCUCCUGAAAUGGGUUGGCACCACGGAUCCAAAGGCGUGGUUCAAGUACCCAACUGCCGACGGGUUCCUCCUCGAUGCCAGCGGCAAACCGAUACAGUCUGCGGUAACUCUGAGACCAGGGCAAAAGCUAGACCGGUUCGGCAACCCAACUGGCAAGUUCUUUGCUCCGUUGGGCGCACCAUACCUCGAGCGCUCGCUGCCACCGGCCAACCUUGCUCCGGGAGCAUCAGGCAAAUACCCGGACAACUAUCAUGUGUACCUGGUCCAGAAGCCGCUUCAGGCAAGUCUGGGUCCGAUAGCACCAUGGUUUGGCCAACCUGGUCUCGGUUCACAGAUUCACACCCAAAAGAGCGCCGAGGACUUGAUGAAGGAGGGGUAUUUGAAAGAGCUGGGUGAAGAGGACUUCAGUAAGCCCAGGGACUUUGCAUAUGACCCUCCAGAAGGCAAAUCCAAGUAA